AUGAGCUCAAAUAUCAGAAGCCGGUACACCAGAGCCAUCAACCAAUUCAAGACGUUGAAUGAAGGGAUCAGUGAACAAGACGAUCAUGUUAAAAAGCUACUUGAAUCGUACUUGCCAGUAAACCUCAAAAAGAGUGUUGAUUUUCUUCAAGAAAAGGUGUCGGAUAUCCAGGGCUAUCUGCAGAAAUUCAACGAAAGCGAGGACAGAUGGUACGCUCUUAUUGCCACGAUGAAUGCUGAAGACAGAACGGCUGAGUACGACGUGAUGAAAAAGUACUUGGAAGCUGAGGAGGGCCCGGAAGAUGCUGGAGAACACGCACACACACUCAUCACUCAGUUCAAGAAAUUGAUCGCGUCUGUUUUCUUCGCCUUCUUGCAGACACCACAAGGAGAAAUCCCCAUGCGAGCAUGGGCGGUGAAAGACGUGACGGUCUACGAGCGAGCACCGAAAAGAGGACAAAUUGGAGUAUCAGUUCUCUCGGGAGUGGCAGUGAUGGUCUUGUUAAUGCCCGUCAACUUUCUUAUGGCGAUUUUUAUGAGGAAAUGGCACGUUCAACAGAUGCGCUAUAAAGAUGAACGCACUAAAGUGGUCAACGAAAUCUUGAACGAAAUUAAGAACAAUCCGUCGAUUGCUUUCGUUUCACUUGCGUGGAUGCAAGAUAACACCAUGCGAGCCAAUAUCACGUUUGGAAAAAAGUUCGAUGAAUACUUCUACAAUCGUGUGCUCGAUGCCUUAUUUGGUAGAGCAAUCUCUCUGGUGGACAUAAAGUCAAGAUCAGUUUUGCGCGAGCCGUUUAUCCAAUUCACGAUGUCUACCUUUUGGGUGACCCUAUGUCUGUUGUUGAUGCUCAUAUUGGACGAGAACUAUUCCCCGCCGUUAUUGGCCCAGAUGGAAUGCUACGAAAUAAAACAAGAAUUCUCAUUACCAACGAGCCCAUUC